AUGGCAAUCGAACAAGGCGUGAGGCAGCAGGAGGAGGGUGAUUCUGAGGACGAAAGUGGGGAGGAGAGCAGUGGCGACGAAAGCUACGACUACGGAUUCGCCGCAGACGAGGACGACGAGGACGACGAGGACGGCGAAGACUAUGAGGUCGACUACGCGAGCAUGAAUGUCAGCCCCGAGAUCCUUCGCAUGCUCGGCGCAAGCGAGGAAGUCAUAGCCGCCAAAGAAGCAGAGGUAUCCGGCGUCACUUCGACAUGGGUCCCGCCCACAGAAACCGGCCUGGAGCAUAGCUCCGCAAUCGCGGACUCAGCCGCAGUUGCUAUAGGAGGGAGUGGUGCCCCGGGUGGCGGCGGCGUAGAGCGAGUCUUCAAAGCCGUCGGUAGUUUCGACAAAGACGCCGAAGACGCUGCCGCUGCAGGGGAGCGCGCUCCAGUUUUGAAGGUCAAGGUCGCGCACGCCCCUGAGCCCGUUCCGAAAAAGCGAGAGUCGAAGCUCCCUCCCAAGAGCGAAGACAGCUGGUCUGAUGACGAUGGAUCUGAAGAUUCGUGGGACGAGGCGUCUGCUAUCGACGGACACGCGUGGUGGGAGUCCGGCUCCGACGACGAGGAGCUUGAAACUGCAGCGAUGUCUCAUAACCUACGCGUGGCCCUAGGCCUGGCCACGGCAGGCGAGGUGGCCACCGCUGAGACAGGGAGUGGAGGGGAUGGGAACGGUGAUUGGCGACCUCCAUCCUUCGCGGGACUGGACAACAGCAAACCCCUUACGACGCUGAUGCCGCUGGUGAUUGGCCAGCAGAAGGGCCUCGAGAUUGAGUACAAGAAGAAGAUGGGAGAAGGGGAAGCGGAAGGGGGGGAAGGUGGAGAUGGAGACGAGGAAUGGUCGGAAGAGGAGGGGUGGGACUACGAAGACGUUCCGGACGAGGAGUACCUGCUGGACUGGUCCACAAGCAUCUCGCCGAACCUCGCCAAGGCUAUGGGCCGCCGCGCCUCUACGGAACACAAGGCUUUAGCACUCUCCGAGGAACUCUCGUGGAAACCUCCGAUGUCGUCCGGUCUGAAGAACAGCGCUCCUAUUAUCGAAGCGUCUCAGCUCUCCUCCUUCAAGAACAGGACAACACGAAGGCUAAGCCUCUCGUAG